AGGACUGCCUCCUGCACCACCGUGAAGAAGCUUUGCGCAUUCUGGCGAAGGAAGGAUGAAUCCCACAGCCCAUCCUCAUACCUGCCCAGAGGCAGGGCCAGUACGAGUCCUCUGGCCCUGCUGGGCUACAACCUUCCAGAUAAGGAUUUAAAGAAACUUCACAAAGCUGCUUCAGUAGGGGAUUUGGAGAAGGUGAAAACGUACCUUCAGCUCAACAAACACGAUGUGAACAUGCUGGAUAGAGAAGACAGAACACCCUUGCAUGUGGCUUAUGCUAGAUAUUCAAAUAUUGUAUCUUUCUUAAUAGAGAAACAAUGCAAAUUAAAUGUCUGGGAUGGUGAAAACAGAUCUCCAUUGACUAAGGCAGUAUUGUGUGAAAAGGAGAAUUGUGCUGCUAUUCUUCUAGACCAUGGUGUAGACCCAAAUCUGGUGGAUUUGAUGGCCCUUCAUUAUGCUGUCUGUGGUCAAAGUGUCUCAUUAGUUGAAAAACUGCUUCAGCACAAUGCUAAUCUGGAAGCUCAAAAUAAGGAUGGGUAUACUCCACUGUUACUUGCCAUUACUGAAAAUAAUGCAGAAAUGGUAGAAUUUCUUCUGAAGAAAGGGGCAAAUGUGAAUGCUUCAGAUAAGUACAUUUGAUAAUAGUUAAUAUAACAUAUAGCUUUUCUUUAUCUAAAACUUCAAAUUAAGUAGUUAUGAAGAAUUGAAUAUAGCAGUUAUUUAUUAAAAUAAUGUUUGGUGCUUAUUUUCAAAAAUAUAUACAGUUAUUUAGGUUUAUAAAACAGCAAUACACCUUUUUUGGUGACUAUCUUACUUUGGCAGGUUUUUUUGUUGUUGUGCAAAAUAAAAAUAUGUACAAUUAUUCUUUGUAUGCACCAGUAGCCACUUUCCUUCCCAAUCCUUCACUUAUUGUCUAAAAACUUAAAAAAGAAAAAAGAGAGGAGAAAGGAAUCUGAUGGCAACAGGUUGGUCACAAUGGUUAUACAAUGGUCACAAUUAUACAUUUUUAAUGACUAUAAAAUGCAGAAGUAUCAAUGCUAAAUAUAAUUAUGUUAGAGUUGAGGCAUAGCAUUUAAGAAAUAUACUUAGUAAAAAUAUGUGAACAUAAAUUAAAACAUAUCAAAUAUCACUUGUUUUCUAGAUGUGUAAUCUCAUUUCUACCAAUUUUUUGCUGCCAUCUUGAUUUAGAAGCCUAUUUUGAAAGAGCAGUAAAUGAACUAUCACAGUAUUUCUCUGCGUAUUCAUUUGAAGAGAAGUUUGUUACAUGGAGAACAGCUUUCACCUUAGAAGAUGUGAAGAAAUUUCAAAAGACAAAUAUCUGUGUUACGAACCAUCAAUUGAGAAGAUUAAACUGUGUUCAGUUUAUAGGCAGAAAAAAACUUUUUAGCCAAAAUAUUGAGUGCAAUCUGAUUAAUAGUAAACUUUGCAACAUAAUUUUGUUAGGCAUGUAUUAGAACAUUUAAAGUAAAAAUAUUAACACUUCAGCUACAAAACAGAGGAAAAAUAUAAUCCUGUAUAAAUGGAAACUCCAUUUUAGUUACAAGUGCUUGCAUUGAUAAAGUCUUUUUGUUUUUGUUUUUGUUUUGAAAUAUUACAGUAAUACAUAUUCAUAAGAUUUUGGUAUUAUGGAAAAGAAAAAAGAAAAUGCAUCAGCCAUAGUUCAUCACACCAAAAAAACAUUUGUUAAGUUUCUAGCAUGUUUCUGUCUGUAGCCUUUUGAAAUUCACUUAGUUUUUUUUUCCUGAAAGGGAAUUUACAAUUUUGCUUUUUAAAAAUAAAACAAAAAACACCACAAUUACAUAGUACGUAGUUUCACUGUGCUCCUUGCCAUGCCUUAAACACAUCCAGCAUGGCCUGGCCUCAGGACUGUUCCCUGGAAGCCUGACUCUUCCUUUAACUGUCUCCUGAGAUAGCUUCCGUGCCUCACAUGGGACUUGGGUGUAGCCUCCUCUGGCUGGCCUGCCAUUCUGUUAGUUACCCUGCUUUAUUAUCUAUUAUUGUCACCCUUGCCUUUUGGAUUGCAAGAUCCAUGAGAGUUUGAACUUUUUAUUCAUAGUUAAAUCCCCGUAUCAAUGGCAAAAUGUCUAGAGUAUAGUAGGUAUUCAAUUUGCCAAAAGCAUAAUAAUAAUCGACACUUGUCAGGCAUGGUUCCAAGUGCUUUGAAUAACUUAACUCAUGUUAUCUUCAUAAAGUCUUGUUGAACUAAGUACUAUUCACAUCCUUAUCAUUCAUUUAUGAUGAGGAUAUCAAGGUGCAGCAAUGUUUAAUGACUUGCUCAAGGUUAUGGAGAUAAGAAGCUGAGAGCUGGGAUAGAAACAUAUGCAAUCUAGAUUUAAACCUACCUAGUCUAACUCCAGCAUUUAUCUCAUUAACCAACAUACCACCCCAUCUCUCUAAUGAAUAGAUGAAUAUAUAUCAUUCCUUGUAAACUCUAUUUUUAAAGGCUCAAGGAAAGGUAUUUUAACCACUCAUUCAUUUAAUUUGUUGAAGUCCCUUUUAAUGCUAGGUAUGUAAAAGAGCUAACAUGGGAAAGAAAACCUGACAAUUCCUCACAUCAAGUCAACACACAUUUAAUUUCAACUAUGGUUUAGAUCAAUGGUUCUUGACUGGGGCUAUUUUGUCUCCCAGAGAAUACCUGGCAAUGUCUGGACAGACUUUUGAUUGUUAAGAAAACUGCUAAGUAGCCCACAAUGUACAGGACAGCCUCCUGCAAGUACUUAUCUGGCCCCAAAUGUCAACAGUGCUCAGGCUUAGGAACUCUGAUCUAAUUUCUAUAUUAUAUACUGGGGGGCAAAGAUGAAAAAGAUAAAUUAUAUCCUCAGCCCUCCAUGAGCUCACAGAUGUUUAGUCCCCUCCCCAAUCUUUUUUAACCAUGUAAGUUAAUGCAGGUCAGACCAUGUGCACCCUACAUUUAUCAUCAGCAUAAAAAGAGGAACUUAAUAAGCCACCUUAUUAACCUAUAACAGUAGGUUAGGGGGAUCAGAGGUGACUUCAAAUAAAGGAGAACUUUCUGCUGGCCUUGAAGGAUAAGUAGAGGUUCUCUGGGUGUUCCAAUCAAAACUCAUGCAGCAUAAUAAAAGUAUAAUUCAUUAUAGAGGCACAAGGAAAGCACCCAAAAAUCGGAGGAGAGAGAUCUUGGUGGAACCGUGACUAAGGUUAAUCUUGGUAGCAAAGUAGGGAUUUGAAUCAGAUCCUGAGACUGGGUGGAAUUUUGACAUGGAAUUUUUAUCUAAUAAAAAACUAGAUAGGGUAGAGAAAGAACUUCAUAUAUUUCAUAAAUGAACUUGUGUUGAUUACCCAUUUGUAGAAAACGAGUAUCUAAAACAGUAGUUCAGGCAUAGUGCAACAGUAUUUGACUUGAGUUUAAUUGCUAGCUCAUUGCUGUGAAUUCUCCUGAGUACUUAAUAUCUUAAAAGGCUGUCAGAUUGUUUGGUAAUUGGUCAAAUUGUUAAUAUCUAAAAUAGAUCACAUUCAUUUUUCCUUUAAGGAUUUUAGCAACAGAAAGGAACUAUAAAACACAUAUCUAACUUUAGGUGAAUUAUAUUAAAACUUCCUCUAGGUAGUCAUAUAAAGACUACUUUUCCCACUCAUGUGGACAGUCUAGAGGA